AGCCCCUGUUCAGUUCCUUCCCCCUGUUUCCUUCCCUCCCAUCGUUCAUCUACGGACCUAACGGACCGUGAGGUGUAUUUUGCGUUAUAAAUUUUGUAUACGAUAAUUAAAAUUAGCUAACAAUGCCCGCAACGAACGUCGAGGACGAUCCAUAUACGCAUGUUGCGAAGAGCGCUCUGAAAUUGAAGACUGACCAGACUGUCGGCAAGAAAAAAAGGGAUACGAAAGGAAAGAAGAAAAAGCUAGUGGAAGUAUCGAAAAUCGUAGAAGAGGAAGAACCUCAAAAGGUAGAAGUGAAGCGAACAAAGGCGGAACUUGCUUUUCAGAAAAUGCAAGAAAAAAUGCAAACCGAAAGAAUCAAGCAGAAAGCCUCCAAAACGCAUAAACAACGAGUGGAGGAAUUUAAUCGCCAUCUGGAUAGCUUAACCGAACACUUUGAUAUACCUAAAGUGAGCUGGACAAAAUAAACUGCAAUGUUUCCUAAUAAAUUUAUUUGUGUAUGUAUAUAUGAAUAGAUAGAUAAUUUAAACAAUUAGUUUUAAUUUAAGUUAAAAUCAUGAAAAAAUAUGACAUUACAUGUAAUCAUAGCAUUAUCUUAAUCCUUAAAUACUUACAAAUAAUUUUUUUUCUAUGUAUAUUUCUGUUGUAUUAUAAAAUAAUAAAAAAUUUAGCCUAAAAA